AUGUCUCUGAAGAGGCCAGAAGCGUUCAAGUCAAUACAUCUAUUUUUUGUGCUGCUUGCUGCCCCAGAUGUUCUAGCUGCUCUAAAUUUUGCCAUCGAGCAUGCCAGCCCCCUCCUGGAAAAUGCCUCUGAGCACACACGAGUUGGCACAGUCACUGUGUUUGUCUCGCCUCAUGCCACUCUGGUUGGAGAUCCUGUCAUUCUUAAUGCCAAUCCUGCGCUGCAUCCAUUCGUUUUGUCUCGUAGAGCCACGCACCUGUGGGAUCUACUCACCAUUGGAGUUCCCAAGCUGGACUUUGAGGUGGUGGCACUCUACUCCUUGACAAUAUAUGCCAAGGACAGCCUUCGGGCAGCAGCAUGGCAGACCGUGUUAGUCCAGAUUGCGGAUGUGAACGAGCCACCUGCCUUUACUGGGUCCCUUGCCCAGGGAGACCAAGUUACUGAAAUUUAUAUCACAGAAGACACUGCCCCAGGCACUGUCAUUUACAAAGCAAUGGCCAAGGACCCAGAGAAUGCUGUUCUGGAGUAUCUCGUUUCCCCAGAAGGUCUUGGAUUCACAAUCGACAGCAUGGGAACAGUCUCCACGGCAAAGGUUUUUGAUUUUGAGACGGAAAUGACAAGUUUUUCACUGGUUAUUAAAGUGGUUGAUCCUGGAGGCCUGUUUGUUUCUGGAAAUCUAAAGAUUUUCCUCAUCAACAUAAAUGAUGAGGACCCCACUCUCACCUGCAGUCUGUUCAACAUUGAAAAUGAUGUCUUGAGUGUUACUUCUGUAAACUCAACUCGGUGCAAUGAAAUCAACAUCACGUUGGAUGAAGAAAUUCCGAUUGGGAGGACAAUCGGAAUGUGCCAGGCAACCGACCAAGAUAACUUGGGAGAUUUAACCUUUGUACUAGAUACAGGGAGUGUUUACUUCGCAGUCGACAAAGAGCAGGGGACGGUGGUUUCUGUGGCCCGUCUUGACGUGGAAAGAGCUGGGUUUGCGAGCGUUCAGUCCUUCUCUGUUAAGGCUUGUGACCCUGACCAGAGGUGUGCUUCGAUUCAAGUGACAGCUUACAUUCAUGGUGUUAAUGACAACUCACCUGUCUGUGAUCAGUAUCUGAUUAGGUACACAGGCAAAGAGAUGAUCAGAAAAGACACAGUAAUUGCAAAACUUCUGUGUCAUGACCUUGACAAGCCUCCAAAUAUAAUCCAUUAUGCUCCGAGCUCAGGCCCGAUUGGUUCUGGACAACUCUUUGAGCAAGUGCCAAAUGCUGAAAAUUUUAUCCAGGUGUCCAGAGAGCUGGACGAUGACGACACAGAGGUGGCUGCAGCAGGACAUGUCUAUGAGAUGACGAUGUCAGUAUCUGACGACGUAUAUCCUCCUCACACAGCCACAGUGACAAUCAUUGUGGAGAUCGCUCCUGCCAAUGACUUCAGUCCCAAAUUCCAAGCGGCACACUAUUCAUUCUUGGUUCCAGAGACAGCAGGAGCCUUUCACAGAGUGGGACAAGUGACCGCCAUUGAUGAAGACUACCCCCCAAACUGCCUGACCUAUGCAAUAAGCAGCGGAGACAGCCAGGCCGUCCGCAGGUUCUGGAUCCACCCUCUCUCUGGGAUGAUUGAACUUACCACACAGCCAGACUACGAGUCUGUGAGGCAAUAUAACCUCACGGUGGAAGCCGUGGACUGUGACCGAGCUCAUCCUCUCACAGCAGUGACCCUGGUCACUGUUGACAUCGAAGAUGAGAAUGAUGAAGUCCCCGUCUGCACACCCUAUCUAUAUAAGGCAGUCAUUUUUGACAACGUUGUUGCUGGGACAAACGUCAAUGGCUUCAAACUAAACUGUCACGACAGGGACUCGCAAGAUUUUGAAAUGCGCUUUCAACUGGCUUCUGGAAAUGAGAACCAUCAUUUUGGAUUUGAUCCAACUCAAGGUUCCAAUACUCCGAAAUUAAUUGUGAAGAAUCCUUUUAACUUUGAAUCUGGAGGUGAACUUCUGCAGAAGUAUCAUCUUGUGGUGCAUAUAACCGAUGACAAUCUGAAGCAUGGCAAAUCCUCUAAGCCCAGGACAGGUACUGCAAUUAUAGAUAUUGAUGUAAUAAGAGCCACGACACCACCUCCUCCAACCCGUGCUGAGCAAAGGAAAGGUCUGACCAUUGUGUACACAGCUAUCAACACGUACAAGUCCACUGACUGGUACAUUCCUUUCAUCUUCACCCUGAUGGCUGUUUUCUUUGUUGCAUUGGUGUCGUGGCUAGGCUUCCUGCUGUGCCGAGGUGGAAACAUUAUGGGCUAUUCUCGGAAAAUGGCCAAGGACGUCUCCAAGUUCAAAUCUAAAGGAGAGAAGUAUUUUACAGGAGAUAAAAAUCAAAAAGAAAAGAUAAUCAUAGGAAACAGAAGUAAAGAAUUUGAAGUAUUAACAGAAACCAUUGUGUAUGAGACUGUGUUUGAUGGAGAAGCCAUUGACCCAGUCUCUGGGAAUGUGUAUGAAUAUAACAGCCGAACAGGUGCAAGAAAGUGGAAGGCGCUACCUGGACCCCCAGAAGAGCCCGUUGAGAACAUGAACUCGCUCCCGGAGGUCCACCGUUCAGAGGGGCCGACACCCACUGCGCAAGAAUAG